AAAAUUUGGCUGUGUGUGUGUGUCUCUCUCUCUCUCUUUCUCUCUCUCACUCUCUCUUUGCUCCACAUCUCUUACCCUCCCUUUCUCUUUCUCUCUAGAGUCCUCGGGCCACACAUAACUCUACCUGAAGUCAAACACGGAGAGGGGAGCAGAAAGGUUUAAUUUGACUCCGUUGCCAUGUUUGCUCUUAGCUGUUACCUAUUUGUUGGACUGUUAUGUCAAAGUUUGGGCCAGUACUAUGACUACGAGGAGUACUAUCCCCCUUCGGGACCUGAGGUACUAUCCACUGCCAGUUGUGCCCAAGAAUGUGACUGCCCAAUUAACUUUCCCACAGCCAUGUACUGCAACGACCGCAACCUGAAGUUCAUCCCCAUCGUGCCAAGUGGAAUCAGUUACCUCUACCUGCAGAACAACAAUAUCGAGGAGAUCAAAGCCGGCGUGUUUGAUAAUGCCACCGACCUUCGCUGGCUUGUUCUCGAUCACAACCACAUCACCAGCGACAAAAUCCAGGCGGGUACCAUUGAUAAACUGACCAAACUGGAGAAGCUCUUGUUCAGUCACAACAAUCUGACCAAACCCCCAAGCCCUCUGUCCAAGUCUUUGGAUGAGCUGAGGAUGACAGACAACCAGCUCACCUCAUUUCCGUCCGGCACUUUGUCUGGUAUGGAGAACCUGACCACCAUUCACCUAUCCAAGAACAAACUGACCACGGAGAGCAUCACGGGUGCCUUCAAAGGUCUGAAAUCUCUGGUCCUGUUGGACGUCAGUGAGAACAAGCUGAAGAAACUUCCGGCAGGAGUCCCACCUUCGCUGUUGAUGCUUUACGCUGAUAAUAAUGAAAUCGACAGCAUCCCUAAUGGCUACCUGGCUAAGCUUCCAGCCCUGCAGUAUCUGCGGGUUUCCCACAAUAAAUUGGUGGACUCUGGAAUCCCUGCCGGCGUGUUUAACGUGUCCUCUCUCCUCGAGCUGGAUUUGUCGUUCAACAAGCUUAAGACCAUCCCGGAAAUCAACGAAGCCCUCGAGCACCUGUACCUGCAGGUCAACGAGAUAGAAAAAUUCGAGCUACUGAACAUCUGCAAGUUCAGCUCCCCCGUCAACUACUCCAGACUGAAAACCCUGCGUUUGGAUGGAAACAACGUCACGCACCACAUGAUGCCAGACGACACCUCCAACUGCCUACGCAUGGCCUCGGAGAUCAUUUUUGAAUAGGGUCACCAUCAUCUCUGAUGAGUCCCGUCAUUUGCUCAUCAAAAGCUCAUAUUAGACAUCAACAUGUACUUAUUCAUGACCCUGGUAAUCACAUCUUUGCAGAAAAAUGCUGUUUUUUGCACAUUGAUGACAAUGUUUAGUUUCCAAAAUAGGCUGCAGUUGCUGAAAAUUGAAAAUCUAGCGCAUAAUAAAUCACAGUUUUGUAUGAUGCUGUAUAAGAGGUUGUAGUCUUUUGAAAAAGAAACUUUACUACCUGUUCAAGCUUUGCGCACAUAUAUUACGAUCUAAAGAGAAACACAGGUGUAAAUAAACGUAGUUUCGUAUAAUUUCACUUUAAUUAUUUCGCAUGUUAAACACCUUAAUCGCUCGAAAUGUCCUAUUAUUGUAAUCAAUGUUAUUGAUGGCUGAAAAUUCUUGUUUAUGUUUUCAUUUGUGUUAAGAAAUGUAGCGGAGCAAAUUUUCUUAGCUCAAACUUUCUUCGUCAAACAACGUGCUUUAUUUAACUAUGAGAAAUUGCAGUGCCAAAUUGCAAACCAGUAGAAGCUGCCAACAUGUAUACAAUAUUUUAUUUGCAUGCAGUUCAUCGUACCUGUUUGUAACUUGAAAUUGCUUAAAAUUUAUGGCAACAGCAUUGGAUUUUUUAUGUACUCGGUAAUGCAAUCAAAUCACUGAAGACCAGGAUCACAGUAACGUUGGCACAUACUGUUAUGUAAAAGAUCCUUGAUUUUUGUUUAGUGCAAACCAGUUUGUUCAUCUUUGAUAAAAUAAACCAUAUUUCUCAUA